AGACUAAUGUAGAACACUUGACAUAUAAUGUUGGAAGAGAAAAAGUAAUUGAUGAAAUCAAGACGCAACAUAAAAGUCACCCUGUUGCACAUUUAUUAAGAAACAGGUAUAUGUCUACACAAGAUCAAGAAAAUAUUUUUACCAGUCACAUUGCACCACAUAAAUCCUCGACAAAUAAGACCCAUUUUUCAUCCUUUAACAAUCAAUGUAUGAGUUCAUUUGAAGACAAAAAUACGUUUCCACAUCAUCAAGAUUCACUUAUGAAGAACACCACAAUGAGUAAAUUCCCAAUAAAAGUGAUCAAUUUAUCACCCUUUGGCAACCUAGGAAGAUCUGAGUACAUUUCACCCCAUGUGACUAAAACUCCAAAAGCAUAUCAUAAAACAUCUAGAGCUGGGUCAACCAUUCAUAAAACCAUCCAGUUUCCUUCACUGACUAAGGAACCUUCAGGGCAUCGAAAAAAUUCUAUCUCAAACAAAAAAAAUGUUGAACUUACUCUGCCUGCUGUGAUCUCUCCAACUAAAAAAACUAUCCAUAAAGUGUCAUAUACUGCUGCCCGAAAAACUCUACCCCACCAUGUUUUUUGAGAAUAAAUGAAUUCUGAUCAAGAUAACAUGAGCAAAUUCAUGGAGACAGCAAUGAACAUUGCAAGUGUGGAAGCCUUAUCAAAAUAACUCUGACUUGAAAGGAUGGUGCUUAUUGAAAAAUAGUGGGCAACACCCUGGAUAAGUAGGGUAGGUCCAUAUCACAGAGGAGCUUAAUUGGCAGCAGAAUUCUUCUUUACUAUCUGGAACAAAUUUGAAACUCUAAGAUCAAAGCCUUUUUGUUGCUGAUGUUAAGAAAGGAGCUCUAUAUGGAAGUUCCAGCUUGCUUCUAUUCACUAAUGUCCCUGUAAUAAUUUCUGGCGUGACGUAAAAACAAUUAAAUAAACUUUGUUCUCUGCA